AUGGUCAGAGUAUAUAAAAAAGAAAGUUAUAGAAAUAACCUGUUGCGUAAGGAAGUAUUUGCCACCUGUGAGAAUGAGCGCUGCCAGAUGCAGGAAGCAGAGGUUGCUGGCAGACUGAUAACAGUGAUCGACACCCCAGGCUGGUGGAGGGAGUCCUCCCGCUGUACCAAGGAACUGGACAAAGAAAUUGUCCGAGGUCUGUCACUGAGCCAAUUAGGUGUUCAUGCUGUUCUGCUGGUUGUUCCCUUGGACAUGUCAUUUAGAGAAGUUCAGAUGUUCACCCUGGAGGCAUACAUGAACCUCUUCAACGCCAGCAUCUGGAAGCAUGCGAUGGUCCUGUUCACAUAUGGAGACAGACUGGCAGACAAAUCUGUAGAGGAGCACAUUGAGAGGGAGCAUAGUGCCCUGCGCUGGUUGGUAGACAAGUGUGAGAACAAAUACCAUGUCAUGAACAAUAAAAAGAAAAAUGAUAUGAGUCAAGUCACUGAGCUAAUUGAGAAGAUUGAGGAAAUGGUGGCAAUAAACAGUGGCCAACUCUUCUGCCCUGACAUGUACGACGUUCAUAUGAAACUUGACGAGAAGUUCAACAUGAUGCAACUCAAAUGUGUGCUGAAGCAGCCAGUGGUGGAGGAGUGCAUCAGGAGAGAGCUGAAGCUGAUGAUGCGUUUCAGGGAGACACUUCUGGAGCUGCAAGCUGAUGUCAGUGGAAGUGUGGCGCACACUAAAUCCAAGUCACUGAUUGGUGACAUGAGGAAAAUUAGAAACAUAGGUUUUGGUGAGAGGAAGAAGGAUCAAAAGGAGAAGGAAACCACUUAUGCAAAAAUCAGCCAGGAAAUUGAAAAGCUGAAUAAAGACAUAUUGAAAUCCACAAAGUUUCUGCAGAGCAGCAAGGACUUAUUGAUUCCUGACUUGCCAGGAGCCAGUCCAGCAGAAUCCAUCACUGAUUCAACCACUAACUUUUAUAAAGUUCUGGGGUGGCUGUCGAAACUUAAGCUCAACACAAAUGUAAACGACCAGCUGACCCUCAGCUUCUCUGAGACAACAGGGUAUGGGUCUGUGCUAACAGCUGACUUCGACUUCAAUGAAUGA